GUUAUCUCCUUUACACGCAGGCGCAGAACGCGCGUGCUAGUUUCGCCUGUAGUCCUGUCGCUGUGUUCAGGACAGGCACAGAUUUUUUCCCCCCGACGCGAAGCGACAACACAGUCUGCUUUCAAUCAGCGCUAGUUCUUUGGCGUCGGUUUGGUGUGUCCCUAAACAUGUUUAGAGUCUUGAUAUCAGCAGCAGCUCUUCUUACAACUGAAGGGCUCUUGGUUCAAGGACCUGCUCAGUCUCUGGUUGCACAACUGGGAGGUUCCAUCACCCUGCCCUGCUCUGUGGAAACCCCCUUACCUGUGGAGGAGCUGAAGGUUGAAUGGAAGAAGACAGGUGAAGAGGCAUACGUGCACUUGUUUCAAAAUGGAGAGGACAGACCUGAGGCUCAGUUUCGGUCUUACAGGGGCAGAGCACAUUUUUUUCCGGAGCAGAUAUUUAAAGGAAACUUUUCAAUCCUGAUGGAAAAUAUAACAGUCAAGGACACUGGUAUCUACAAAUGUGUAGUUUACUUUGACAAGGAUGUUGGAGAGAUCCCUGUUACAAUUCAACAUGUGGAGCGUGUAGUUGUAACAGGAGAAGAUCAAAUUGUGUUUGGACGUGUUGGUGAGGAGGUUAUUCUCAAUUGCAUGGUUGACUCACAUAUUCCUCCUCAACACUUUGACGAGGUCUCAUGGAAGAAGGUGGACAAAAAGUCAGACAUCGUCCCUGUCUUACUUUUCCAAAAUGGGACGAUAUUCCCAGAAUCGUCUCAUGAGCAUUACAGAGACAGAGCAGAGUUCUUCAGAGAUGAAAUUCCCAAAGGCAACUUCUCAAUGAGACUAAAAAAUGUCCAGACUGCCGACAAGGGAGAAUACAUGUGUGAAGUCCACGCAGAAUAUUCAGUGAGCUCUGCAACUGUGGAAAUAGGGCGGUUGGGAAUGUCUGCUCUGCACAUCAUUACUCUGAUGCUUUGCUUUAUUUCCCUCUUUGUGACUUUUGUAUUAAGUAUUCCAGUCACAAUUAAUAUAAGCAGAAAAGAUACUGGGAAAAAGCCCAUGUACAUGAAUUAUUUGCAAGUUGUCUGUCCCAACAUCUGUUUAUCUAUUGCAUUUGUUCUGUGGGGUGUAAUUGAAGGGUCUGUAGUUGAGGUAACAAUGUGUGCAGUAAUUAAUCUGACAAGGAUCAUUUUAUUGUUUCUUAUGGCUCCUUAUUAUAAUUGGAAUACAACAGUUUCUGUUGAUCUUCCAGGUUUCAUCCACAGAGUAAUUGAAUAUACAAGUAUUCCUAUUGCAUAUCUUCUGAUCUCCACUGCAUUUUGCUCAGCUGUUCUUCACGAUCUUUGGAAUGCAUCUCAGAGGAAUGAAGCUGUGCUUGUCAGUGUUGGGGUUAUUCUGCUGUCAUCCAUGCCGGCAUCUCUUCAAGCUUUAAGCAACAUUUUCUUGACACGUUUUUUUGAUAUUCAUUUUUCCCUUCGAUUUGUAACAAGUAUGUAAAAAUGUAUUCUGUUGUAUUUUUUAUGCUUAUGAAAUUGUCUACAACUACAUCAAGGCCAGAUUUCCAGAUCUUUAACCACUAGGCUGCAUGUUAUGUGUAAUGAUCUAUGGUCAUAUGUGUGAUUUCUGUCAUGUAGAGUCAUUAGGACACGUUCUCAUGCAGUUAAGCAACUUUCUUCAAAUGAGUCUCUUCUUCUAUAGAUCAUCAAGUGUUGAUGAAUCCAUGAUUAUAAUGACAUAUGCUUUUGGGGGAAUAUCUGCUGCCAUAUCAUUCAUAGUUCUUCCAAUUCCAGCAAUUCGACAGUACCUUUGUUCAAAACUUGACAAAAAUCAACUUCAUGCACUCAUAUGGAGAUGUUAUUUAGUUUGGGUAAACGUUAUGGUUGUUACGCUCAUCGGGCAUACUGCAUUUAUUUUAUAUUAUCUUAACAAGAUUCUGGAGUAUACGAACGAGCGUUUUGGAUGGAUCUUUGUCACAGUUCUGCUCCACAUCUUGACUGCGAUUGCACCACCACGAUUCCCCAGAACAGUUCCUGAUGUCAUUUACACUACUUUGUUCAUGUAUGGGGUGGCAGGUCUGCCAGUGGUCAACUCUGUUUCUCUUGCCACAGAAUUAAUACUGCAAGUUUACAAGGGGGAGAGAACAGUGGAUGAUCUGCGUGUAAUAGUGCUGCCGUUUGAAAGCAUUAUGUCUGGUGUGUGGCUGGUCUUACAGAUCUAUACAUACUGGGCAGUUGCAGGGAGAGAUGUACAGAAGGAACUUUAUGCGCUGAGGGACUUUGCGGCACAGUGCACACCACAGGGAGGAGACAUUGCUGAAUCAGAUAAUUUCUCAGAGACUCACCCUUCUGAGACUCAAGGAUGUCAGCCAGAGGCUGCGAGAUUCCUGAAAGAGCGAGAACAAGAGGGAGGAGACAUUGCUGAAUCAGAUAAUUUCUCAGAGACUCACCCUUCUGAGAUUCAAGGAUGUCAGCCAGAGGCUGCGCCAUUCCUGAAAGAGCGAGAACAAGAGGUUUAAAAUCUUAGUUUAACCCCUUCAGACCCUGCAUUCAUUUAAAUGGACAUCACAUGGUUUUUGGUUUAAAUCAAUAAGAUUUUAUGUUUUUAUAAUAUGAGUACUGCCUGGUCACUGAUUGGUCCCUGAUCAACCAAUCACAAUGAAAGUAUGACCCAUAACUUCAGGCAUCACAAAAGACAGGCAUGGCUAACCAAACAGGAGGAGGAGGAGCUCCUUUUUUACCUUUUAAGCCCGGAACACACCAAGCCGACGCCGACGAAAGCAGACUGCGGGGUUGGCUCACGUCGGCAGCGUCUGGGUCCAAAGUUGCCCUGACACACCAAACCGACACUCGACACCCGACAGCCAAAGUAGCACGUCCGUUCUGCGCCCGCGUAAGAAAUGCCUUUCUGUACCAGCAGGUGGCAGUAGCUGAACAGCCAAUCAGAAUGAUCAGAUGGCCCGACGAGCUCCGACGCGAUUCAAAUUGGCCGAAAAAAAGCCGACAAGGACCACCUUCAGCCGACGGUGUGGAACACACUAAGAAAACUGUUGGCUCGGUGUGUUCCGGGCUUUAUAUGCAGAGUUAUAUUCAUGGUAGCACCAUCAACUUGAACCUAUUAUAAUCUUAAUAAUAUCAAGUGAUAAUAUUCAAAGUUAAUUUGAAGAUCUUUUAGAGCUGUAGAACACAGGAUUUUUUAAAAGUUUGAUGUCCAUUGCAAUGGAUAUUAGGUUUAAAUAAAAUUAAUUAUUAAUA